AUGCCGUAUGUAGAAGUGGCAGAUGAUGUGAAACUGCGUCUGCUACAGAUUGUACAGAAUGACACACCCAUCAGUAUAUCAUUUCGACAUUGGGAGUUGUAUACCUAUCCAACGUUACCACAGACAAGAAAGCAUACAUGGACUGUCAAGUCAACAUCACAGCAUGAAAAGCCACGAUACAUUGUGGUUGGGCUACAGACUGCAAGACGAGGUGUGGCAGCAGCCAACAGUUCUCGCUUUGACAAGUGUAAUAUGAAGGAUGUUCGAGUGUUUUUAAACAGCAGAUACUACCCAUAUGAGAGCAUUGAUGGUGAUGAUAAUCGCAUCUACAACAUGUAUGCAGCUUUCAAUGGAGUCUACAACCAUGGUAAUGCUCGUGCAAGCAACCCUCUGUUUGAAAAGAAUGCCAUUGGUGAUGGAAAAAUAAUGCUGUUUGCUUUUGAUUGCUCCCGCCAAAAUGAGUCACUCAAAACUGGAAGUAUCGAUGUGAGGAUUGAGUUUGAAGCAUCUGAAAACAUUGCAGGUAAUACAACUGCCUACUGUAUGAUGAUUCAUGAGAUGACUAAAGAGUAUCGACCAAUGUCAGGCCUUGUACUGUCGGCAUAA